AUGCAGUCCGACGAGAUCAUUUGGUCGGUCAUCAACCAGCAGUUCUGCUCGUACAAGGUCAAGACCGUUACGCAGAACUUCUGUCGUAAUGAGUACAACUUGACGGGUUUCUGCUCGCGCCAGAGCUGCCCGCUCGCCAACUCGCGCUAUGCGACGGUUCGCGAGAAGGAGGGUGUCAUCUACCUCUACGUCAAGACCAUUGAGCGUGCGCACUCUCCCGCCAACCUGUGGGAGCGCAUCAAGCUGUCGAGCAACUACACCAAGGCGCUGGAGCAGAUUGACAAGGAGCUCAUCUACUGGCCCAACUUUAUUACGCACAAGUGCAAGCAGCGUCUCACCAAGAUUACGCAGUACCUCAUCAAGAUGCGCAGGUUGAGCCUGACCCAGCAGCCCAAGAUGGUCGGUAUCAAGAAGAAGCUGGAGCGCCGUGAAGCCACUCGCGAGCGCAAGGCCCUCGCUGCCGCCAAGCUCGAAAAGUCGAUCGAGAAGGAGCUGCUCGAGCGUCUGCGGUCCAAGGCGUACGGCGAUGCCCCGAUGAACGUCAACGAGGACGUGUGGAAGCAGGUGCUCGAGAUGGACAAGGGCAAGGGCAGGCUCGAGGAGGACAUGGAGGACGACGAGUCCCUCCUCGACGAGGAGGAGUGGGAGGGAGGCGAGCGCGAGUUUGUCGAGGACUCGGACGACGGCAGCGAGAUUGGCGACCUGGAAGACUACUCUGGAUCCGAGUUUGACGAGUUUGACUCGGACGGAGACGAUGGCCAGGACUUCCCCUCGGACUUGGACGUCUCGGACGAGGAGGAGGGAGACGAGGAGGACGACGACGAGGAAGAGGCCGGCAGCGACGCCGAGGGAAGCGACGAGGACAAGCCCGCGCCCAAGCCCUCGAAGAAGCCCUCGGCUGCCGCUGGCUCGAAGCGCAAGGCCGUCAAGGACCCCAAGCGUGGUGCCAAGAAGCGCCCCCACGUCAACGUCGAGUACGAGAUGGAGACCGAGCCCCUCUCGCGCGAGAUGGUCAACAACUGGUAG